AUGGCCCAGCCAAUGCGCCAAAUCCGCGAAUUCGCCUGUCCCACCGUCCCCCCCGACCAACCCACCUACCACCUCGUACAAGGCGAUAUCCUCGAUAUUCCCACCGAAGCCAUCGUACUGCAGCUCGAUGCCGGCCUGGUCAACGAUCAAUUAGCCGCACCCCCCGCCCAAAACCGCGUGGCGUGGGCGCAGCGCAUCGGUGAUCAAGCUGGUGCGCACAUCGCGUUGUAUCAAGGUCGGGGGCCACUGGGCAAUGCGUGGACGAGGCCUUUCACUGGACAUGGUGGAACGCUGGGAACCCGGCCGGUUGGUAAUUUUCCCAUUAUGGUGAUAGCGGUUAAUUUAGAAGAGCCUCCUGCUCUUCUGGGGCCGGAUCCAGCGGCGCCAAUGGCUGCUGGGAGAGAUAACCCGGAUUGGAGAUUGAGGAGAGCGAUUAAUAACAUUUUGUGUCGCGCUUAUAACAUUAGGCGCGAUCUCCCCGCCAACGAUGCGCUUAUACCGGCACCACACAGAUGGAGGCUUCGAGCACCAGUCUCUAUUGCAAUUCCGUUAAUUGGGAGUAAAUCCGGAAAUAUUAUGAGUGCGGUCGCGGGGUGGUAUCGCAAUGCGACACUAGAUCCUGUGGAUUUUGGUACGCCUGCAGAUCGGGUUGCUACAAUUCAGGAUGUAUUUCUCGUUGUUCCCAACACAAGGAAAUCACGUCCUGGGACAAUCGAGAGUGCCUGGCUUAAGGCAUGGGGUCGAUAUCUCCCAGCCGACAACAAUCGGCCACUUCUACACCCCCUCAAUCUUCGCAAUAACAGAGCCGAGGCCAACAAUCUCCGACAGUUACAGCGUAGAAAUAGAAACUUAGCAGGACAUGCACCGGCAAUAAAUGAUGGGAGGAUGGACGUUCCAAACGAUUUUGCGAGGGUUGUGAGAGGAGUUGCGCCCGAGUAUCCCUUGAACAAUAUUCCAUGGGUACAAGAACUUGUCACUGCGGCCUGGAUCAAUCGGAAUUAUCGAAUUGCGCGAGGCGGUAGGAUGACGAGAAUAACCGAGGAAUAG